CAGAAUAAUAAAAAGUUGGCGUAGUCUAAACGCCGACCCAGAGGCCCUCUCAUACCUUUACCAGUGCCUAUAUAUAUAUAUAUAUAUAAACAGACUAAUUACUAUUCCCCAUCGCACAGACCCCCCUAAGAAUCCGAGAGAGAAGAAGAGAUAAUGCAGAUCUUCGUCAAAACCCUCACCGGCAAAACUAUAACCCUAGAAGUUGAGAGCAGCGACACCAUCGACAAUGUUAAAGCCAAAAUCCAGGACAAAGAGGGCAUACCACCUGAUCAACAGAGGCUGAUUUUUGCUGGUAAGCAAUUGGAAGAUGGCCGGACCUUAGCUGAUUACAACAUCCAGAAAGAGUCUACUCUUCAUCUUGUCCUCAGGCUCAGAGGUGGAACCAUGAUCAAGGUGAAGACACUCACUGGAAAAGAAAUCGAGAUUGAUAUCGAACCAACCGACACUAUUGAUCGGAUCAAAGAACGUGUUGAAGAGAAAGAAGGCAUCCCUCCUGUUCAACAAAGGCUCAUAUAUGCCGGAAAACAGCUUGCUGAUGACAAAACGGCCAAAGAUUAUGCGAUAGAGGGAGGCUCUGUUCUUCAUUUGGUUCUUGCUCUUAGGGGUGGUCUUCUCUGAUCUUAAUAAAUAAGCUUUUCAACAAACAUCUUUUCCCUCACUAUUGUCCUCCUUAUGUGGAAUUCAUGACACACCAAAAUUGCUAUGGGAAAUUGGAAUAUUAUGCUCUGCUUGUGUGUUUGGAUCAUAUUACUUGUAUUUUUCAGUCUCUCUGAUAUGAUACUUUGUGAGUUAAUUAUCGAGUGCCGUAUCAGGUAGGAAUCGUUAUCUGACUAACGAGUUUUCCACUGGCACAUACCAAUUCAUAUUUCGUUUAAGUAGAGAAGUCCAGAUUGCAUGUGAGAUCUAGAUCCGAGACUCCCUCGUUCGUCUAUCCAGAGACCUUGAAUAUGGCGUCAACUGCCUUCCCACUAAAUAUAACGACCAUGUCAAGUACUAAGAGUCUAAGACCACUGCUGAGCAUGGCCUUCUGUGAUAAUCUCGGGGUUAUACGUUGCUAAAAGUUGACUCCUAGUCACCAAAUGGCAUAGUUUUAUAAUAACACUGUUAGAUCCUUGUACCAGUUACUCAGUGAGAUCCUUAGAUUCACAUAGAGUUGUCCCAUAUAAAGUAAAAAA